AUGAUGUACAACAUCAACGUUGAUACAUUUGUAGCUGGUCUUAUAUUUUUAACGAUUACUCAACUUAAGGUACUUAAAUACAAGUUAAAUAAUUUGAAAAUAAAUUCGAAUGAACUGAGAUAUAGUAAAGAGUUUCAAGAAAAUCUUCAAAUGUUAAAACUUAAGCAAUGCUUAGGACAUUAUAAUAAAAUAAUAAUGUUUCAAGCAAACAUUCAAGAAAUAUCAAGUAUCACAUUGUUCGUUGUGUUUGGAAUGGCGUCAGCGAUAAUCUGCGUUACUCUAUGUGGAUUUUAUUUAAGUCGGGAAUUAGUAUUUGCAGCGUAUAGUUGCGACUGGAUAAAUAGGUGCCAAAAAUUCAAACGCAGCAUCGUUAUUUUAAUGGAGCAUGCAAAUACGCCAUUGAAAAUGAUAGGCAUGAAAAUGUUCUUAUUAUCACUGGAUACAUUUAUUACGAUUGUAAAAUCUGCUUUCUCUCUUGUAACAUUAAUAAGAAGUUUUCAAGAUGUGGAAGAUGGAUCGUAA